AUGUUGCUGCGACUCCGGGGCCCCGACGGUAUGGCCCGUCUGACCGUCGAGCCUACAACUACCUUUGGAGAUUUGGGAGAGCAGCUACUUGAUCAACUUCCCAAGACUGUCGAUCCCACGACCAUAGCUCUAUCCAACGCACCAAACGGAGGUGACUCGAAGCGACUGGGCGACAUCAUCAACUUCAAAGUUGGUCAGAUCGGUCUCAAGCACGGCGACCUCAUCUUUCUCACCUACCAACAUACUGGUGCCGCCAACGGUGAAGCUCUCGAGACAUCCAACACUUCCGCCAGGCUCAACGGAAAGCCGGUGCUACCAACCGAGGACCUGCCUAUUAACCCCAAACCCGAGAGGAUCUCUAGACCAUGGGAGGUGGUACGUCAAUCCGCUCUGGACGAUCGAUUAGACCGACAAGAUGGCAAAAUUCCUCGAGGAAUCGAUCGCAUGUGUCGCCAUGGCCCCAAGGGCAUGUGUGACUACUGUCAACCUCUUGACCCCUUCAACCCUGGCUACCUAGCAGAAAAGAAGAUCAAGUACUUGUCCUUCCAUUCCUACCUACGAAAGAUCAAUGCCGCAACAAACAAGCCCGAACUCGGCGCUUCCUAUAUUCCUCCCUUGGUCGAGCCUUAUUACCGAGUCAGGCACGAAUGCCCUUCCGGUCACCCCCCAUGGCCUGAAGGUAUCUGCACAAAGUGUCAGCCCAGUGCCAUCACUCUGCAGCCCCAACAAUUCCGAAUGGUUGAUCACGUCGAGUUUUCUUCGCCUGCUAUCAUUGAUACUUUUAUUGAUACAUGGCGAAAGACUGGAUCUCAGCGUCUGGGUUACCUCUACGGAAAGUAUGUCGAGUAUACUGAAGUUCCUCUCGGUGUUAAGGCUGUGGUUGAGGCCAUCUACGAGCCUCCUCAGGUUGAUGAGAUUGAUGGCAUCACCAUGAAUGCAUGGGAGUCCCAGAAGGAGAUCGACAAGGUAGCCAAGCAGUGUGGUCUGGAACCGGUGGGUGUCAUUUGGACUGAUCUGCUCGAUGCUGGCAACGGAGAUGGUUCCGUGGUUUGUAAGCGUCAUGCUGAUUCUUACUUCCUAUCCUCUCUUGAAAUCUGCUUUUCUUCAAGAUUGCAGGCUCAGUAUCCCAAGGCUUCCAAGUGGAGCGACACUGGCAGUUUUGGCUCCAACUUUGUAACAUGCAUCAUCACGGGUAACGAAGAUGGUGAAAUUUCCAUCUCGUCUUACCAGAUGUCUAACGAGUCAGUGGAGAUGGUUCGCGCAGACAUUGUCGAGCCAUCUGCUGAUCCCAAUGUUAUGCUCGUAAGAGAUGAGGAGGAAGACGAUGGCUCAGUCAGCCGCACACGAUAUAUCCCUGAAGUCUUUUACCGAAGAGUCAACGAGUACGGUGCUAAUGUCCAAGAGAACGCAAAGCCAUCCUUCCCUGUCGAAUAUCUGUUUGUUACACUAACUCACGGUUUUCCCGCCGACCCUAAGCCUAUGUUCACCCAGCAGGGCUUCCCCAUCGAGAAUCGAGAAUAUGUGGGAGAGAGCCAGGAGCAUUCUGCUCUGUCCAAGUUUAUUAAGCAGUCACCCAGUCAGAAGCCUACUGGGCAAGAAGUGUCUAACUUCCACCUUCUCUGCUUCAUUCUGCAGAUGGGUGUCCUCUCCAAGGACGAAGAAGCCUUGCUCUGCCGUGUAGCAAGCCAACACGACCUUUCUGAUACAUUCCAGCUGCGUUCUACCGAGGGCUGGCAGACCCUCCAGGCUAUCCUUCAAUCGACUGGUGAGAGAAUCCCCAAGCGUCAGCGGGAGGACGAUGGUGUUUCCUCGCCCUCCUCUUCCUCUUCCUCUUCUCAUAAAGAUCCCACUCGCGACUCGGGUGAACCCCUUGCUAAGCGAUUUGCUGCCUUCAGGCUAAACGAACGCAUGACCAAAUCCGCCAAUCCGACGCCGCCCUAG